AUGGACAUACCUUCUAGUCACUUUACUGGCAAGGAUACUGUGACAGUGACAAACAAAGGGCUGGAUGUAAAGCUUGUGAAGAUUUUAAAGAUCUUUAAUUCCAUUGACCUCUCUAGCAACCAAUUUGUAGGGAACAUACCAGAAACAAUAGGAAAUCUAAAAAUGCUCUACCUCCUGAACUUAUCAAACAAUGCUUUGACAGGCUCAAUUCCUUCUUCAUCUGGAAACUUGGAACAACUCGAAGCAUUAGACCUCUCAGCUAACAAGAUUAAUGGAAUAAUCCCCAGGGAACUUGGAAGUCUAACAUUCCUUUCAUUUUUAAACCUGUCAUAUAAUCAACUCAUCAGAAGAAUUCCAGAUGCCACCCAAUUUUCAACCUUCGAAGAGUUAGCAUUUGAAGGGAACUUCUAA